CUAAGGAUCACUAUGAGUGGCAACAUUUCUCGCGAAAACAUGUAUGCAACACUGCUUCUAACUUCCUUAAUGAUAAUUUUAACAAACGGAGAAAGUCGAUUGAUAACAUCAAAUUACAAAGCCGUUAACUUUGCCAGAGAAAUAAGAGGUCGAAAGCUUAAAGGAAGUGUUAUCAAGGAAGUUGAAGUAGAUUCAGAGGCUUCUUGUCAACUGCAGUGUGUGGAAGAAAAUUCAUGUCUGUCGUACAACUUUGGACCCGGUCAAAACAAAAUGUUUAAAUGUCAACUGAGCGACUCUGAUCGGUUUACUGGACUGAGUAAUUUCACUGAAGAUCCCGAAGUUCUUUAUAGAGGCAUAAAGAGCAUUUGUGAGAUCAGCAGUUCCUUGUGUCGGAAAAACGAGAUCUGUGUUCCCAACUAUAAAGACAACACUGCAGAAUGUAAAUGUCGUUAUGCAUCUGGAUAUACUGGAAAACCAUGCGAAGCACAAAGCUGCCAGCAGCUCCUUAAAGAUGGCGUCACAUCCAGUGGAGUGUACACGAUCAAUCCAGAUGGAGGCAAACCAAUUCAAGUGUUGUGUGACAUGACCACGGAUGAUGGAGGUUGGACCGUUUUUCAGAGACGUUUGGACGGCUCCGUUGACUUCGAUCGUGACUGGAAAACUUACAAAGACGGGUUUGGAAAUCUGAUCGGCGAGUUCUGGCUUGGAAACGACAAUCUUCACCGUUUGACAGCCGCUGAUGACGUCAUGUUGAGAGUUGACUUAGAAGACUUUGAAGGGAACAUCACCUACGCUAAGUACGCCACUUUCAAUGUCACAGACGAGGCCGAAAAUUACACGCUCACGCUUGGAGGAUAUACUGGCGAGGCCGGCGACUCCUUCACAUAUCAUAGUGACAACCAGUUUUCCACCAAAGAUCGAGAUAAUGACCAGUCACCAUUCUUUCACUGCGCACGGGAUAAUCCGGGAGGAGGCUGGUGGUUUGAUAACCCUCGGUGUUUUGAAUGCAAUCUUAACGGUUUGUAUAACGUUACCAACAGCCUAACAGGGGUUAACUGGAGGGCCUUCCGAGGCUUUUACUAUUCACUCAAACGUUCUGAAAUGAAAAUCAAGCCCAAGGAUCAAUGAUGUGUACAUAUGUGUGCUACCAUUAUCUUAUUCAUGAUUUACUAAAAGCUUCUGCAAGUUCACUUACAAUACAAACUUUAUUGACAUUCCAAUAAAUGGCUUUUCAAUGCCAAUUUACAAAAAAUGAAAAAUUCACAGAUAUAUAUAUAUAAACGAUCACCUUUCAAUCAACUUCCAACUUUAACUUUCGAUUUUAUCAUUCAUCAGUAAAUUUCUGUAUCCAGAUAAACUUUGACCUUCUUUUUACAAUAGAUUUUAAAGAAGUGUCUAAAGUCUAAAGUCUCAAAGGCUUUAGUUUAAGACUGUAACUUCAACGGGAAAAAUCAAAAUAACACAGCUUUUAUCCAUUAUUCCUAGAGUUG